AUGGUACCGCAAGCAGCACCUCGAUAUGCUCUCCAUAGUGCGUUCCUGCAAAGCACCCGCAGCGCCGUAUCUAUGGAUCCGUAUAGUUAUACUCCGCUUGAUAUCGCUACAAACGAGAUCAGACUGAUCAGGCUACUGCCUGGCCUUCCUCCAAGACGACUUGAAGUGGAGAUUUUCCACGUUCCUCUCUCCGCCGAAGAGGAGGGGCAUGCCGGGCCGGUAUACGAGGCUCUAUCCUACGUCUGGGGUUCCACCUCGAAUCCACAGUUCGUCGCCGUCAGAGAUGCGCUUAAGGGUCAGCAGAGGAAGAGGGGACGGGUUCGUACAAGAAUCCACCGAUUCAAAUUCGCCCUCUCUUUUUGUGGUAACCCUUCGCCCUCAAACAGAAGCACAAACGAAGUUCCAGCAUGGCGCACCCUAAGCGUAACGCACAAUCUAGCAGUCGCUUUGGAGCACCUGCGGCGGCCAACAGAUAGCCGCAUCUUCUGGAUUGAUGCCAUAUGCAUCAACCAAGACGAUAGAGCAGAGCGGAGCGCUCAGGUUGGUCGGAUGGGGACGAUAUACAGCAUCGCUUCGCAGGUUGUCGUUUGGUUUGGGCCGCAGUACGAAAACAGCACCCUGGCGGUUCAAACAUUACGGUACAUCGGCGAGAGCUGGAAGCUCGAUUCUACCGGGUAUGCUUUGAACUGGAUGGACAAUCGUGAGGGGAACGGCCAAGCGGAAGAGGACGAAAGGAGACGCGUCCUGUCGGUAAAAGAUGUCGACGCUUUGGAAGCGAUGCACUUGUCCUGGAUUGCAAUUCGAGACUUGCUUCGCAGACAAUGGUUCUCGAGAUUAUGGGUCUUCCAAGAGAUUCGGAAGGCCACUCAAGCCAUCUUAGUAGUGGGCCAUGCCGAGCUACCAUGGGACAUGUUCCGGUCUGCAUUCUACUGGAUCUGUAAUUGUCGGGUCGAAGCGAACCCGAUUUCCAAGAUCAUAGACUUAUCAGACUGCAGCCGCGUGGAACCUUUUGUGGAUAUGACAGCAUGGAGCAACGUUGGGAUCGCUUACCUGACUAACGAGGCGAUGACGGAGCUCUCAUGUAGCGAUCCUAGAGAUAGAGUGUAUGCCCUCCUGAGCCUUUUCGAUCCGAAAAACACCAUGGAAAUUUCUCCCGAUUAUUUACUUUCAGUUGAGGAUGUCUACACGGAUUUCUUCACUAGUGUCCUUCACCAAUCCCUCCAGCUGUAUCUGCUGCAGCUUUGCGGUUUCAGCCACGGCCCAUCACAGCUGCACCUUCCAUCCUGGGCGCCGGAUUUCUCUGCUCGUCGCCCUCAGGUAAUAAACUUUUCUGCUUCGGCAGGUCAAAGUGAGCACGAAGCAGCACGGAUCGAUGCCGCAACCUUACGGAUCAGAGGUGUCCUUGGCGACACAAUUGAGCAUGUCACUGAGCCUGUCCCGCUCACCGCGACAACAAGCUUUCGUCGUAUCGCUGGUUUGCGGCCGGACAAGCGACUUGAUCCACAGUGA